CGCACAUGAAAAAUGGGAUAUCAGGCAUCAUUAUUUAAAUAAUUCGUUCUUCCCCCUUGAAAAAUAUCACCAGUGGAAAACCCAUCAUCAUCCUUCCACACUACCGCCAUACCAGAACCCUCCUUCCUUUCUCCCCCAGGGCGCUCCCAAAAUUAGGGUUUCCACAGAAAUGUCGACUUUCUUUGCAUUUCACACUUCUCCGCUCCACCUCUCUCCCUUCCCUCACCGGACCCCAAUUCGGACCCCUAUUCUUCAUCCCUCUCACUUUCCGGGGUUACCUAAUCGCCGCUCACUCGGUGUAGCCAGGUUCGGAUUCAGGCCUUUCCAUUCCGAUGGUGCCGACGCUGUUAUUGGGGACCUCUUUGGUAGAGUGGAAACCCUUCUUUAUACGAUUGCCGAUGCCGCCGUGUCGGCUAGUGACGGUAAACAGAGCGGCGACUGGCUUUCUGGGAUUACUAAUUAUAUGGAGACUGUUUUGAAGGUUUUGAAGGGUGGCCUUUCUACUUUACAUGUUCCCUAUGCCUAUGGUUUUGCUAUUAUACUUCUCACUGUUCUUGUUAAGGCUGCCACAUUUCCUCUGACAAAGAAGCAGGUAGAAUCUGCAAUGGCUAUGCGAUCUUUUCAGCCUCAAAUAAAGGCUAUUCAGCAACGAUAUGCUGGAGAUCAGGAGAGAAUUCAACUUGAAACUGCUCGACUGUAUAAACUAGCUGGCAUAAACCCAUUAGCAGGAUGCCUGCCAACACUGGCCACAAUUCCAGUAUGGAUUGGCCUUUAUAGAGCCCUUUCCAAUGUGGCAGAUGAGGGACUUCUAACAGAAGGCUUCUUUUGGAUACCCUCCCUUUCUGGUCCAACUACGAUUGCUGCUCGGCAAAAUGGCAGUGGUAUCUCUUGGCUUUUCCCUUUUGUAGAUGGUCAUCCACCCCUUGGAUGGUCGGAUACCUUGGCCUAUCUCGUCUUGCCUAUGUUGCUGAUUGUUUCACAGUACAUAUCUGUCCAAAUCAUGCAAUCAUCACAGAGUAAUGAUCCAAGCCUGAAGACUUCUCAAGCACUGACCAAGUUUCUCCCCUUAAUGAUCGGCUAUUUUGCCCUUUCAGUUCCAUCUGGGUUAAGCCUUUAUUGGUUCACAAAUAAUAUCUUGAGCACAGCGCAACAAGUAUGGCUUCAAAAGUUAGGAGGUGCACAAAUUCCAGUGAAGCAGUUCAGUGAUGAUAUUGAAAAGGAGGAGCUAUCCCAGAUUCAGAAACCUGUUUUUGAAAUAAACUCAACCAAAAAGGAGCCCAAACAAACAGAAAAGUUAACAUCAGAGGGGCUACGGCCUGGUGAAAGAUUUAAACAGAUUAAGGAGCAAGAGGCAAGGAGAAAGCAGCAAAGGGAAGAAGAAAAGACGAAAGCUGAAGAGGCAGCCGCAAAUAGAAUACCAACAACAAAUGGAGGCUAUAAGAAUGAGGCUAAUUCAACUAAAAGGGAAUAUAGGACUGGAGGUGAUUUAGUUGAUGGUGGGAAUGACAGUUUUCAGCCCUUAACUACCACUCACAAUUCAUCCAAUAUUGAGGUAGUGGUAAAUGAUGAGCUCUCUAAUGAGGACUCAAAAGAUGAACAGAAGAUGUAUGUCACCAGGACAGAAAGCAGUGAAAACUCUGUUAAUUAUGAGGUAGAUGUGAGGGAUGAGCAGCAUAUUAAUGGAAAGCUAGAAAAGGAAGUGAUUGAAGUAUGUACGGAUAACAAACCUUCUGGGGAAGAGACAUUGCAACCGAGAAGAGAGCAACCCACUGAAAGGGAAGAAGUAUAGUCAUAAUGGUAUGACCAUACUCUAGUUUGAAGUCAACAAGAUUCAUAUACUGUCCUCGCUUUGUGUGGAACACAUUCAACAUCUCAAACAUAUGAAACGGAGUAGUUCUUCAUUGGUGAGUUCUCGGGGCCAAGGUGGAAAUUACUGCAAUCAGAUGAUUGUUGGGAUUAUAAAAUUUUUUGGGUCCUUUUAGUUAUGGCAGGAAACGUAAAUUAGUGAUGUCAAGGGAUGAUUAUUGGGAUUGAUAAGAUUUUUAGGUUUCAUGUAGCUGUGUAGCAGAAAGCUUAAGUGCUCUUAUAGAUAAUUGUUGGGAUUAAUAAGAUUAUAAGGUCUCAUGUAGCUGUAGCUCUAAUGUGAAGACGGUCUGCAGUUUGUAUCAGUGACUAUUCUAUUUCUUUCCUUGUUAGCCAUACUUGUUCUGUAUCUGGAACGGAUACUUACUUUCAGCAUGCAAGCAAAAAGAAAUAUAAGGAGCAUGUGCCAUAAUUCCCUUGGCUGUCAAAUUCAGCUUGAAUUUA